CAACCACAUAAAGCUCAGAAAACUCCGUCUGGAAGAUCAAAAGCAAAACACCAUGCAAAAGCGAAAGAAAAGGGACGUUCUCCGGUGCUUCGAGAAGAUGUGGAUUUGAAAAGCCUUGCUGUUACACAGUGCAGUGAUGGGAAGUCUGAGAAAAAGGAUAUCUCCAAGAAGAAUAGUUCCAAAAACAUUAGGAUCACGGAAGGCUCGAACGAGAAUAUUAAGUCCAGAAAGAAUCAGAAGUUGGAGGGCUCCGACGAGUUUGCCAAAUCGAAGAAGAAUAGGACCUUGCAAGGUUCCGACGAGAAUGUUAAGUCCAAAAAUUGUCAGAAGUUGGAGGGCUCCAACGAGUUUGCCAAAUCCAAGAAGAAUAGGACCUUGCAAGGUUCCGACGAGAAUGUUAAGUCUAAAAAUUGCCAGAAGUUGGAGGGCUCUAACGAGUUCGCCAAAUCCAAGAAGAAUAGGAACUUGGAAGGGUCUGAUGAAAAAGUCAAACGAACAAGCUCCAAGAGCACUCGGAAGAAGGAGAAAGACGGAACAAAGGUGAGUAUUGAACUGCAUCCA